AUGUCCAACCAACGAUCGAUUCCCGAUCCACCUCCCGGAUACCAUCUCCGGGAUUACCUACACUACGGGAAAGUGAGAAUGCUGCUCCACAACGACGAGCUCGACGGACCGCCACUUGGCGAUUAUGUUAUGCCUCAGCAACUCGCCCCCAUGAGGCGAUUCGUGGAAGGCAAUUUCCUCCCCGUCACCGACCGAGAGGGACAACGGCGCGAGCAGCGCUGUGCCGAGCUUUGCGACAAGUUUCUUGCCUCUGCCACGGUGGACAACGAGACCAACGCAGAGAAUAGUGGCAUGGGUACUAAGGGAAGAGCGGCCGCUGCUAAAGCUGGCGCUGCGCAGAACCAGAACCAGAACCACGCUAGCAACCCCCAAAACUACCCCGAACACAACAACAACAACAACCUCCCAACAACCCUCCACAUCCCCACCGCCGAAUUCUACGAAUUCACCAACCUCCUCCACGAGCUCGCCACGCCCCCUCCCCGACCACCGUCCCCACCUAAACCCUUUACCACCGUAUCAAACCUCUCAGCCCGCGAGACCCUCGUCACAAAACGCACCACCGCGCUCGACGAGCGAGAGGCAGACCUGCACCAUCGCGAAAGAAUCAUCAGGUUCUGGGAAUCCGAGAAGCGCAAACGAGAUGCAUGGUUCAAGCAACGGGAGUCGGACAUGCAGAAGCGGGAGGAGAAGAUGAAGAAAAUGGAGGAAGAGUGCAAGAAACGGGAGGCGACGGCUGCGUUACUUUAUAAUGAUGAAGCGAUGGCGAGGCAUUUGGAGGGGGUGUGGAGGAUGGGAUAUCGGAAGGCGAGGGAGGAGAUGGGGUUGCCGGGUGGGGAUGGUGCUUCGGCUGGGGGGGAUGGUAAUAUUGGUGCUGGGGGUGGAUGA